GAUAGAAAAGUGUGGACCGAUCAUAAUGCUAUCGUUGAUCAUCUACCGAUCAAAUCUGCGAUCAUGGAGAAGAUAUUUUUAUAGAUAUGUAACAUAAUUUAUGAAAGAUGUUGAAACGAUGUACAACACCGAUCUCAAUAUUUGAAUCACAAAUGUAGCUCUUUUCCUGGAAAACUAAUCCAAUUAACCCUAAGGUCACGGUCAAAUGUUUUUGUUUAUUUUAAACCAGUGCUUAGGUUUCGGAUCCGUUGGAUCCGCAACAUUUUGGCUUCCUGGAUCCGGAUCCAAUGGCAAAAUAUCAACCAAAAACUGAUGAAGAAAUCUUUUGCUCUCAAAACUCGAUCUGAACUGCUGAAAAAAAGUCCUUAUCUCUGGUUUGGGUUUUAAAGUUGUAGCAUAAAGAAAUAAAAAAAAAAUUCUUAUUUUGUUAAAAGAAUCAGUAAAUAUUUGGAAGUAAUGUUCAUCACCUGGAUCCGGAUCCAUUUUUUCCAGUGGGGAUCCGGAUCCGCAUCAAAAUUAAAUGGGUCCUAAGCACUGUUUUUAACUGUGACAUAUUAGGACUGCUCAGAAACCAGUUUAUCAUAGAUAAACAAAGACUGCUGUUUACAAUUUUUGUUGUUUUGUUGAUAAAACCAGUUCUUAGCAUCUCUUAUACGUCACAGUAAAAUGUGCUUACAAAUCCUAUCCCUUCAACCUUGGUUUAAACUAAUUGUUCUGAACUUCAUAGUAUUUGCAAAUCUGUGAUAUUCACUAUUUUAAAAUCACAAUACUGCACACAAAAUGUUUUUAUAGCUUUCUAUGACCUUAAUGUUGAUUUACAGUUGUUGCUAUGUAAAGAAAAUACUUCAGUUAUCCGUGGUUUUCAUGCAGAAACCCUAAAAAUAAUCGUAUAUUUUUAUAAUUUGAAUAUUUUUUUCAGAAAGAGAUGAUUCAUAGAAAUGGAUCAGAAGUGGAAUCAGUUCGAUCGAAUAAUGGUUUUGAAACCGCGCGAAAUAAAUCUGCCGAAAAUCUGCGAAAUCUUAGCCAAGUGAGUCCUCUGGGGAUGUCUAAAAACAACCGGAAAUACUCUCCCGGACUUCCGGGACCUUCUGCUCAAACAUUUAUCUCGGCAAAUGACCAUAUCAGUAACCUACUCCAAUCCAAGCACUCUGGAUCUACCUCAGAUAUGAGCGUGAGUAGUGUUGAGAGCUCCAUGGUGUCACCCACAAACAGAAGGAGAAGAACACUAUCAACCAAUCUAUCUGAAGUGGACUCCUCUUCUAAAGGAAACUUGAGUAGAUCAAGUUCUACCCUGAGUUUAGCCUCUACAGGGGUCCAACCCCUAGACUCAAUUCUUAAACAUUUGCGUGAUGGAUUAUGUGGCCAGGUUUUCUCUGGUUGGUAUACGGAGAGACGGUUUAUAGAUCCAAUAGAAAGGUAUAAAGAUGUUCUGGUGGUAGAUCAAGGAGAGACUCCAAUUGUGAAACAAGUCAGAUACGCAAUCAGGAAAUCUGCCAAAGUAUUAGGAGAAAAUACUUUUAUUGGGUUUUCUUAUCAGAAAGAUGAAGAUGAAUGUAAAAUUUUUGUGAAUCUUGGUUCGAGCAGUAGUGUUGCUCAGUAUCCAUUUGGACAUUUCUGGUUUCAGAUCCGUCAAAUUAUAUUUCUGCCAAAUGUUGGGUUCUGCUGUGAUAUUUACGUUUUGAGACAGUUCCUAGUAUCUGAUGAACAAAGCUGUUGGAGAUGUCGGCAGCGAGAACUUAAUGUUAGCAAUCAGCCACCGGUCAAACUGGACAGCUUAGGAGCUACGCUUCAGGACAUACGAUCUAGAGAAGGUGUGCUACAGGAUAUAUGCUCUAGAGUAAGUCAGUUAUCAGUUAGCAAUCAGCCACCGGUCAAACUGGACAGCUUAAGAGCUACGCUUCAGGAUAUACGCUCUAGAGUAGAGGGUGUUGUGAGUCAAAUAUUAGAAGAGCACUGGCACCCAACCCAAUCUUUAAACAAUGUUCUUCCGUAUCUCUCUUAUGAAAAUGCUGUCAAGCUAGGCCGGCUCUGUUGUGUAUUAUUGAUGGCAAUGUUGGCUGGAAUUUUGUCUGGAUUAAAAUUAGGAGCAAACUUCAUGUUAAGAACCCUGCAUGAACUGGCAUUCUUAGUUGAGAGGAGUACACCACUAGCCCUGGGUACAAUGAAUAUAUUGAGUAAGUUGGUGGGAGGAUUUUAUCUCCUUGUUGCUAUGAUCUGGAGGGAUUCAACCAGACCACAACCUCCAACUACCAAUCAAAGAACUAUUAGUGGAAUACAGCCGGUAUUAUCUGGGCCUAGUCUUAGACCAAUCCGCCACUCUCCGCCUCCGUUUACUAGACCUAGUUCCUCUCCUAGCAGUGCUCCGCCUCUAUCCGCCAUGGAUAAGAUGUUCAGCUCGAACAAAAACUAUUAAAGAGUUUUUAGAAUCCAGAUAAGCAUGGGAAUUAUAAGAUGACUGUAAAAUUGUCUGGAUGUAAAGGUAUUCCAGAAAUCAAAUGUAGCCUUCUUGCAAUACUAAAAUUGACGGAGAUAUUACAAUUUAGGUAUUUUGAUAAUUUGACUUGAAUUUAAUAGAAAUAUUUUCAAAUUGUUUUAUCUCGG